AUGCCUGAUGAAGAAAUCAACAUCAACACUUCUGUCGGACCAGAUCGGUCAUUUUCCGACACCAUCACAACGACCCACAGUCGCGCAAGUUUCCAAGAACAAGAUCACAACCAUAUCAGUUUUGUGUCAGCAAUAACAAUGGAUGACGCCUUGACAGCUUCCGAUCGACUCUCCUUAUCCGACCGACAUCAGUAUCAGCUGGACCCGAGGCUUCAUUCUCUUGAAGAGCUGGAUCGGGCAUCUGAUCCCGAAGUCGAACGAAUGGAAAAGUGUUUUGAUAAACUUGCUUUUUCUGAACAUUCGAAUGCAAGCCGGUUCGCCGAUUCAUUGGAAGGAGCAGAUCCAAAACUCUGUGGUGUGCCUCGACGAAGGAUUUCCACAAGCUUCCGAUCAACAUAUUCGAGUGAUUUGGAAUUCAUAAAAUCAUCAUCCACCAACUUGGACCUCCUCAACGCCAUCUUGGACAACAACAACUUGGUGGACGAUCAAAAGUCAUCCUCGAGUGAUUUGGACUAUCGAACCUCUGAACGAUGGGAUGAGCGCCGCCCCGUCUUGGAUGAAGAGAGUCUAGGCAGUGGAAUUAUGGAUAAUGAUGAGACUGAAUCAAACGAGUAUCGCGAGUCGGACUGUUCGAUCAAGAAGAUCCCUUGA